UUACAGGGACUCAUGGAUCCAGAAGCUGCAACCAAUGGGACUGCUGUUACUGAGUUCAUUCUGCUGGGCCUCAUUGAAACAGAGAAGUUGCAGUCUCUGGUCUUUGUACUUUUCCUCUUUGCCUACCUGCUCACAGUUGGGGGCAACCUCAGCAUCCUGGCUGCCAUCUUCGUGGAGCCUAAACUCCACACCCCCAUGUACUUCUUCCUGGGGAACCUAUCAGUUCUAGAUGUUGGAUGUAUCACCGUCACUGUUCCUGCAAUGUUGGGUCGCCUCCUGUCCCACAAGCGCACAAUUUCCUAUGGAGCCUGCCUCUCCCAACUAUUUUUCUUCUACCUUCUGGCUGGUGUGGACUGCUUCCUGUUGACAGCCAUGGCCUAUGACCGAUUCCUGGCCAUCUGCCGGCCCCUCACCUACAGCGCCCGCAUGAGCCAUUCAGUGCAGUGGAUAUUGGUGGCUGUGUCCUGGGCCUGUGCCCUCACCAAUGCACUGAUCCAUACUAUUGCCCUAACUACACUCAACUUCUGUGGUCCCAAUGAGGUCAAUCACUUCUACUGUGACCUCCCACAGCUCUUCCCGCUCUCUUGCUCCAACACCCAACUCAAUGAGCUGCUGCUCUUUGCUGUUGGUUUCAUAAUGGCAGGUACACCCUUGGCUCUCAUUGUCACCUCCUAUGUCCACGUGGCAGCUGCAGUUCUACGAAUCCGCUCAGUGGAGGGCAGGAAGAAAGCCUUCUUCACAUGUGGCUCCCAUCUCACUGUGGUUUGCCUCUUCUAUGGAACUGGCAUCUUCAACUACAUGCGUCUGGGUACAGAGGAGGCUUCAGACAAGGAUAAAGGGGUUGGGAUUUUCAACACAGUUAUCAACCCCAUGCUGAACCCCCUUAUCUACAGCCUUAGAAACCCUGAUGUGCAGGGUGCCCUGUGGCGGGUAUUUGUGAGGAGGUGGUUGGUGACCUGA